AUGAUUGAAAUUUUCGAAAAUCUUAAGUAUGUUUUGCAAGCUCGUGGAUUGCCCAUAAAAGAUGUCACAGGAAGCAGCGACCCUUACGUAAAAAUCUAUCUUUUACCAGAAAGAAAGCGAAAGUUCCAAACAAAAGUUCAUCGCAAAAACUUAAACCCUAUUUUCAAUGAAACUUUUAUCUUCAGCGUAUCUUAUGAAGAAUUGCGCGACAGAUAUCUACAGUUUUCCGUAUACGACUUCGAUCGUUUUUCCCGUCACGAUUUGAUCGGACAGGUUGUACUCAAGGGGUUGUUGGACUGCACUGAUUUAGAACAAGAAAUUGAAUACACCAUGGAUAUACUUUGCGCGACACAG